ACUAACCACAUGAGACGACACAGAACUAAAUAAGAUCUACACAUUCUGUAUAAAGUGCACGUGCAGACGUGUGCUAAAAACACAGGACAGUACAAUACUACUAAAACAGGACAAUAGGCACAGUAAGUGACAGUGUGGCGCCGAACAGUACACUGUUUUAGUGUGAUUUUAUGGGUCCCGAUGGCAUUUUUUGUUCCCCAUAAGAAAUAAGGCAUGUAUACCAAUUUUCAGAUAUUUUGGACUUAUGGCGCAGAGUGGAAAUGGUGUAGAUUUAGGCGUGGCCUGUAACGCCACCUAUAGGUCCAUGUGGACCAUUUGUGGUGUGGGAGUUGCUCGUGGCCUGUAGUAUCAAUGUGCCAAAUUUAAAAGCUUUUUACCAUUCAGAUUGUGAGUUAUUUGGCACUUUAGGAAGAUAAGGAGAAUAAUAUUAACAGGUAGAAAAGGAAUGCUAACAAUAACAAUAGGUUUCCUCCUGAAGGAGGAAUCCUAUAUAUCUAGUAUGGGGAAAUCCUAACUAUAGUUUUCCAGGCGCAAUUAAACCUAUGUUUGAGGUUAUACAUAUCUAUUUAUCCAAGUCACAUGAACAGGGAGGAUAAAAUAGAAAUCAUGCAGUAAAUAUUUUGAAUAUUUCAACAGCAAUCAAUAAUUGUAUAAAUUAAGGAUUGGGAUUUUUAUGGUGUGUUUGCUUCAGGGUUAGUCCCGUACCAUUGACUUUUCCAAAAUACAGAUUAAAAUACAUUUCCAGCUAUUACUUUUUUUUUUUUUUUUUUUUUUUUACCUGAUCAAGUUCCUUACUCCAGUUGUUCUCAUCUCUUAUGUAUCCAGUUGUGACUACCCAAACAUUUCUCAGCCCCCUCCUUCUGGACUCACACUAGGUCACUCUAAAGCACCUCUGUUUCUCAGAGCAGGGACACGACUGCUCUGAAGCCGGUGUUGCCUCAACUAAUUUAAUUUCUGCCUUCAAAACAUGGUUGGGUCGGCUCAGGAAAGCUUCUCUCAGCCGCUCUGGGGUGUUACCUUACAAAGAUGAGUCAUUCAUGUCAUUCAUAUUUAUAUAUUUAUCAUUUACCACAGCUAUGAAACACACAGAAGAACAUCACAUUACUGACCACAACUGAACCAAACAAUCUUCUAUUGUUGGCUGAGCACUGCUGCACACUGCCAUGCUAGUUGACCUUACCUCACAGCAUAAGGAUAAACACCGCUCUUUCAAAAGUUAUUCUCUUGGGUGGAAUACUCCCAGAGCAUAAUGGAGCAACAGGGACUUCCUAUAAUUUGUCACCUAUCUAAAGGUAGAUGCGGAAGCAAUCACAGAUUUCAAACAUUUAAUGAACAAACAGACAAAAAACAAAGACACAGUAACAUGAGGCAAAAUACUGUGGCAAAACUAAACAUCGAGGCGUGGACAAAAGCAUGGAUCGACAAUUACGUGAGACAAAGAAGCAGUGCAAAUAGUGACUAUAUAUAUACAUGUGAGUGCUCGUUAAACAAAAACGUGAUACAGGUGCAGGUGAUCAUGUGACAGUAAUAUGGUGCAGUGGCUGCUGGGAAAUGAAAUCCAGAGUUACCUCCUUGAUAUAUGACAGAGGUGUGUGCAUUUUCUAUUAGAGAAAAUUGGAUGCAAUGUUAUGUUGCUUUAAAUACCAUAAAGGAAAACAAGAAUAAUGAAAUGUUGUUUGUUGUAGACAUUGAUUUGCAUUAUGCCCGUAUUUCACUUCCAAUGCAGCAAUACUGGGUUAAAAACCACAACAGAAAUACAUCUAGCAAAACCAGGAACUGUUUUAGUUUUCCCUUGAUGAAAGAACUUAACUGUCAAAACAUAUACUUUGCCUAAUAAAAAAUUACAUUUUGGACAUUGACUUCAUUUCUUAUAAAUAUGAUGUUCUUUAUUAGGGUAUACAAUUAUACAGUAUUUUGUUUGAAAGUUUUCUUGGAAUAGGCUCCAGAUCCACUGUGACCCUGAUCAGGAUAAAGCACUUACUAGAUAUGAAUGAUGAAUGAUACACAGUGCUGAGGGAGUGAAAUGAAUUGUAGAACCCCAGUCCACAUCUCCAUCACAUCUGACAAUUGACCACACCCUCCACUGUCACGUGAAUGCUGCAUUGAAAUAUAAAAAGCCCACUUCCUUUCUGUGAACUUAAAUAUCAGCAGGCACAUGCAACAGUUCCUUUCUAUCAUUUUCAGACCUUAGUGAGUUCAGUUUAACCCUGAGACACUGAUAAGUGCAUUAUUUAAUUGAACUUUUUAGCUGUUGGCUAUAUAUUUUCUCACCACUUGGGCUUACUACUAUGAACACAGGUUAAGACUCUAAUGAAAAGUAGUAGUGAGGUAAGGAAAUGGACAUUUAUGAAAAUUGUGACUUCUCCAAAAGGAAUAACAGUGAAAACCGUAAUUCUCCAACAGACGAAGAAACAGAGGAUGAUUACGAGAAUACGCAGCAAUGGCGUCCAAAGCCAGGACAAUGCACCGCUUCAUCAGUCAGAUUUGACUACAAGAUCAUUAUACUUGUUCUUGGUCUUCUCCUAAUGCUUGGUGCUUUAACGUCACUCUGUGCUAUAGGGAUCUUGUAUCACAGAAAAGUUGUUUCCAGUGAGAAACUAAGUGAGAAGUAUAAGAAUGCCACAGCCACACUGAUGGUGCUAGAAGACAAAGCCAAUGAAAAAGAGAGAAUGUAUAAAGAACUGAAGGUGAAGCAUCAUGAGCUCGUCUCUGCCUGUAAUGGUAGGUUUGGUCUUUUUCUCUCGUUUUCUCCCAUCAUCAAAAAACACUUUUGGAUCAGAAACGCUUUUCUUUUGUAUAGAGACAGAACAACUGUAUGAAAUGCUGAAGAUGAAGUAUCAGCAUGUUCAUGAACGUCUCUCUGCAUGUAAUGGUAAGGCCCCCCCGCCCAGUACUCUCAUCACCGGAAAGCCCUCACACAAGACAUCUUAUUGUGGCCUUAGCAGUGGUUAUGGUGGGGAGAGUGGCUUUAUAAUGUAUGAUAGGUGUAGCUAUACUUGUAUUUUUUUAAUACUAUAAAACAGGCUAAGAUAGAUAGAUAGAUAGAUAGAUAGAUAGAAAGAUAGAUAGUAAGAUAGAAUUAGGAUUAAGUGAAUGAAUCAAUUGAAUCUUUAUAGUUUUUUAAUUGUACAGUGAUCUUUUUAUGUUAGUAAGGUGAUAUAUAAAUGGAACACAUUAUUAUUGUUAUUCAACUCAAGUGUCAAAUCAUGCAUUGUGUAAAGUACAGUAUGUUUUAAAUAAAAAAUCUAGGAAAUGCUGUGUACGGCAGUAACAUAGUUUUCAGAGAAACAGGAUGUUUCCUGUAAUUGUCAGAUCUU